AUGGGACACCGUGGAAAUCGCGAUGAGAAUCACUGGAAAAACAAAAAUCGUAUGAGAAGAAUUAGAAGAGGUUUGCACCCGAAAAGUGGUGCUAUCAAGGACAACUCGGACUCUACGUUCAACGAAUCUGCUCUCGUCACUUCAAAGAUGAGAGAUGAUGAGAUUGCUGGUGGAACUGCUACGAAACCUAUUCAACUGGUGCCUGAAAAUGCUUCCAAAGAAGGUGAACGUGGAAAAGAAAAUAAUAAAUCUGUAAAUGAUACUUCCGGAGAACAACCAACCUCUGUUAUCAAAAAGCCUGGUUUGACUGUUUUCAAUAACGUAUUGAUGAAAGGAGAUAUGCGUGUUGCCAAAAAUGUUUACGAAGAUGUUCAUGUUAAGUCUACUCAAGAUGACGCCUCGAAGACUGAAAUGAACGGAGUCGCUCUUGUCGAUGAUACAUCUGGAGGUGAUGAGAAUUCGAAUAAAAUUUCGCUUGAAGCUCUCCGUGUUAAUAUUGACCAAACUUCCUGGGAGAACAAUGGAUCAAGAAACAAACGCUCGCAACCUGAAAGUGUUUUAGAUAUUUCUAUAGAUAACUCUUUGAUCAUAGCAAGAUUGCUCAACGCGUUCGCAAUCGAAGCUGCGUUGGCAAAAAAUGAUUUAACUGAAGCAGAAGUUGCCCGUGAAGCUCUUCAAAUGAGCAUUGACACCGACUUCGAGAUGUUGGAAACGAAGAAAGUUGCGGAAGUAGUUGAUGAAGUGAAGAGGUUCGCUGAUGACGUAUCCAAGAGAUGUGGCGAAAGUGUGAAACCUUGCGAAGGAGUUGAUAUCAUUGAGAAUGAGUUCAAAGAGAUGGAAAAAUGGAGAACAAUGCUCGCUCUGGAUUAUGGAUCUAUGUUUCAAGAAAAUUCUCCUUUGUCGAUUCUAUGGAGAGUUAGAGACGUUUAUUAUCGAACUGUGGAGCAAAAAAAUGCCAUUGAUACUAUUAUCUCGUGUUUCGCUAGCUAUAAAGCAGAUCCUGCUUCAGCGGACCUCUCGUUUUUCUACAAAUUUGCUCCUCUUCUUUCUAAUUUGAAGAAAAAUCCAGGUGUAUUCAAAAAUCCUCUUUCCGCUCAAGAUCUCGAUCUGUUGCAAAAAGACAAACUUUUGAAAAACAUUGACGGGUUGAUUGUUUUGAAAACAAUUGCUGAAGAAAUUGCAAACAGAAAUUCUACUCUCAUAGCAGCUCAGGAGAAGCAAAAAAGAUUGGGCGCAGUAGCUCAUGAGCUUUCUCAAAAGUAUCCGAAAGAAGUCAUCGAGAAAACAAAGGAAAAACUCAGAAUUCUGACUCUUUAUUCCUACUUUCCGUCGCUUCCGAUAGAUGCAAGAAACAUUACUCAUGGAUUACCGAAUGGUGCGACUGAUAUUGGUCAAGUCUUCAAAGAAACUAAAUCUGACUUUGUAAAAAACUUCGUUUUAAAAGGAUCAUCGACAGAAGAGCUCAGCUACCCUCUGCUGUCUGCGCUUCACAAAAAGAUAGAGUCUUUGUCUACGAGUCUUCAGAGCGGAUCAAAUAUGAUCGUAGCUGAAAAAAGCAUCGGAGCCAUUUUAAGUGGAGCAACAGAAGAUGUUAAUGAAAUGGUUGAUAUUGCAAAAUCAACAAACUUCCUUCAAAAUAUCACUGUGUUCCAAGGACCAGCAAACAUUGAUUUGUGGAUAGCCGAGAAGUCAGCGAGUGGUUCUAUAUUAGACUACGUCAAACCUUUUCUCGGAAAAAUGAGUAACCUUUCACCCAACUUUUCAAGUUUCACUCAGUUUUUGGAAAAGAUCAAUUUUAAAAAGCCGGAUAUAGAAUUGUUCUUCGAUACCUUGAACUCGACCAACACCGAUGAAAUUGUUACUGAAUUAAAUACUAUCAGUCAAAACAUUGGCGUUCUUCUUCAAAUGAAAGAAAUGGCUAGCUGGAUAAAUAGCACUAAAAUCGACACACUUUAUCCUGAAGCAAAAACAUGGUUCGAAACUUCUGGAGCAGCUGCCGCAAUCAAAACUAUUCAAACGAAGGACAACUCGAAAAAGUCUAAAAAGUCGAAAAGGGUCAAGAGAGCAGCACAACUAAACAAAAAGCUGAGUGGCUUGAAAGAACUUCAAAAGUUGUACCCAAACAACAAGUACUUUGUUCAAGUUCUGAAAACUAAGGAAUAUGUGAACGAAUGGAUGAACGAGCACAGGAAAAUGAUGAAAACUCUCAACAAGAAAAUUGUGAGCCAGAGUAAUCAGAAGCAUUCUUUCAAUGUGACAAAGCCAUUUGAUGUGAUUCGUCAGCUUGGAUUCGCCAACAAGUUUCUUCUCGACUUGAAAAAAGCCAAGAGUGCUGAAGAAGCUAUCAACAAGUUGUUGAAAGCUGAAAAAGAGAUCGACAAUCAUAUCAACUCCAUUUCUGAUCCAGUUUUGAAAGCUAUUCUGAAAAGAUCGUGGACUCCAGAGAAGAAAAGAACAUUGAGGCAAUUGUCUGGAAUUAUAAAACAGUUGGAAAAGAAGAUUACUCAAGUUCCGAAUACUCUCGAAGGAUAUAGAGAACUUUUCAAGAGUGACGAAAAUCUGGACGGACUGAGUGAUGUGAACUUGGCGGAAUUCGUGGAUCUUCUCCUGCAAACCGAGUGUCCUUCCGUAGACAAGGUGACUGGGGAAAAACUGAAAGGACUGAAUUUGGAGUUUGCAAACGGAAAGUUGAAAAUGAAACAGGGAUUGGAAGCGUUCGUCCAAGCCUUGCCAUUCCUUGGUGGUCUCGCGGCACCAGCAAUCUUUCAUAAGGAAACAUUUGCCAAACGUCCCAUUACCAGAGAAACAACUGUUUACAAAGAUACAACAGGCAAAGUAUAUGUGGCACCAAAAUCUAUGGCUCCAGUGGAUGAAUCACAGACUUCGAUGAAACCAGACGAUCCUUUUCAGAAAGAACUAGAUGUCACACAAUCUGAAUCUUAUGUUGAAGUUAAAGACGAAAAAGAGUUGAAAGAGUAUGAAGAAGUAAUCAAGGAAUCAGAAAAACUCGCUGAAGAACAAGAUAAAUUUCGUCUAGCCAGCUAUCAGAUUCCGAGUUAUCGAAAAGUUUAUGAGCACGCCAACCACACUUUUGAUACCGUACAAACAUUUUUCGAUGACGAAGUGGAGAACGGCAAAGUGAGCAAGGAACGUUUAGUUUUUCAGCAUCGUGCAAAAGUAGUCUAUUUUUGUGGAAAAGGAGUUGAUAUAUUCAAGGAAGAUAAUAACACUACACCACUGAAAGAGAAUGAAAUGAUAAAAACAGCCAAUAAUAUCAUUCUCCAAAAAGCUGAGCCUGAUAUGUACACAGCAAGAGAUCUGGAUGAAGUUUCUACCAAACUUCCGUCAGAGAAAAAAACUAAAUUGACUUCUUCUGGAGAGGAAACUGAACCAUUGAUGAGCGAGGGACAACGAACCACCGGCGGAGCAGACAUACAAUACGAAGAAAGGAUUCCUCCCAAAAUUGAAACACGAUGGUGUCACGAGCCAGUACAAGUGAUGAAUGCUCACGGAAAGGGGCUUCCAUCUGAGACAAAUGAAUUGGAUGAAAUAGAGCCUGAUAACGAAAAUCUCAAAGAUUUCUUUCCACAAGGCAUCAGGACAAAUGAGGAGAUCGACUUCAAAACUUUGGCGCAUGGAAUGCUGAGAAAAGAAUUCAUUUUACGCGAAGCUGAACCAAGGAGAAAACCCACGUUUUCGAAGAAUUUCUUGAUAGAACUUCUGCAAUUAGCAGCAGAAAAACAUAAAUCUCAACCAGCACUACUCAAGAUUAAUCGAAAGAUAACUAGAAUCGUUGGUGACAUUCACGGAAACUAUGAUGAUUUGAUCAGACAAAUUUCAUUGGGACUAGCGGAUAAAUCAACAUUUGUUUUCUCGGGUGAUUAUGUGGAUCGCGGAAGUAGAAGUCUCGAUGUACUCAUUUUUCUUCUUUGUUUGACAAUGGCAAAAAAUCAAAGGGUUCAUCUCCUCCGCGGAAACCACGAGUUGGCUCAUGUCAAUAUUGAUAAUGGGUUUUUCCAAGAAUGUAUCGAUGAAUAUGGUGAGACAGGGGGUAGAGAAAUUUGGCUGGCUGCAAAUGCAUUUUUUGCUGAACUACCAGUUGCAUGCAUUCUCAAUGAAAAAAUCUUCAUUGCACAUGGAGGGAUCUCUCGUUUGAUGUUGAAAGGAAAAACAGUUUUAAACGACAUUACUAAAACUCCAAAAACGCCAUUUGAGUGGAAGUUGUUCAUCGAUAUACUGUGGAAUGAUCCGAGUGAAUUAUACCCCUCGAUCUUGACAAAUUCUCUUGUGUUUCCGAAAAACAGAAAAAGAGUACCCGAUUCUGACUUAUUCACUCCAAUCGGAUUAGUUGCUGUGCUGGAUGCUCUAGGCCUCGAAUGUGUUAUUAGAGGACACCAAGUCGUCCAAAAUGGUUAUGAACCGUUUUGUGGGACUCGCUGCAUCACAAACUACGGGGCAACGAACAACUCGAAAAAUAACAAUGCUGCCCAAACUAUUGUUCAUGACAAUACGGUUGAAUUCAUCAGAUUCCGAAACAUGAACGAACAAAAGAAGCCAGAUGAUGACUUGACACAAGUUCGCAAGCUUCACAGUCGUUCAAAGACCAAGUCAAAUUCAAAGACCAAAUCAACGUCAGCGGCUUGUACGAAACCGGAGAAAACAAAGAACAAGCAAAGAAAAUCUCGUACAUUGAAGAGUUCAAAAGCCCCUGAUUUGUUGAAGAACGGAAGUGACAAAUAG